UUGUUUGGAGAUCGAUUGUUCGAGCAAAAUGACUGUCAAAUGAUCAGAUCACAAAUUGCAAAUUAGCUACUAAUAUCAGGCAUAGAUUGGACCCUCCUCUAAAUCCAAAUUAUUUGGGUAGUUGCGUUACAGUUAUGGUAGUUACCACUACAGUUGGUGAAUUACUAGGACAAAAUUUAGGAUAUGCAGCAUCAUUAAUACAACAGUCUGUGAAAAAUUACAAUCACAAAAAAGUGUUCGAUGUAAUCAGUGGAUGGAUUAAGUCUCCUAUUGUUCACCAACCUUUGAGUACAUUCGAUUCGAACAGUGUGAUAAUGACGAGCUCCCCAAGAUUUGACGUGUAUGGGAAUGAAUUUGGUUUCGGAAAAGCAGUAGCUGUACGGACUGGAAAUGCAUGCAAAAUUGAAGGGAGAGUGAGUUCUUUUCCAGGGUAUGAGGGUGGAGGAAGUGUGGAUCUUGAAAUAUGUUUGACUUCUGAGUCGAUGAGAGAUCUUGAAUUAAAUCAGGAGUUCAUGAAUGCUGUCUCAUUGCAACCUAUAAAUGGUGUCUAUUAAAGAAUAAUAGUGUGUAAAAGUCUCUCAUGUUAUAUGUGUCAAUGUUAUUGUGUUCAUGCUAACGAAUGCUUUUCGUAAAUUCUCAACAAUUGAAAGUGUUAUUAAUUUGUCAGAAAUAGUUUAUUGGUGUGGAAAAAUUUUACAUCAUUAUAUAUAUAUUUUAGUGGGU